AAAAAUAGAAGAUUUAUAAAUUAAUUAUUUGAAAUAUCAACAAAUAAAUAAUAAUAAAAUAUUCCGAUAUAUCAUCCAAAAACAUGAUUCUUAUUUUUCUUUUCAAAACGUUUCAAUUUCGAUUAUUAAAAAAAAUUAUCUUACGAGUGAACAACAACUCGCUUCCAGAAAGAAAUUAUCGACGCUCGGACGACUUAACUCGUUCCCUCCAAGUUUAACAAAGUUAAACUCGCGAAUUUUAUGCGAACGGUAGAGAAAACACGAGGUACAAGUCGGUGGCACGCUAUUAGCGUUGUCUGUUUCCUCCCCACGAAGAAGCAACGAGAAGACCCGUUUGUUAAAAAUUACGACCGGUCACGCGAGCAUCCGGCUGAAGGGGACGAGCGACGUUUGACGCGUGGCUGGUGGCGGGGGGAUUCGCGGUGGCCGUGGAUUUGCAAUUAUUUAUAACGAGGAAACUUUCGGGACAGCCGGCAAUCGGUUCGUUAAUUGCGCGAGAUAAUUAUUGUUAAACGCUGCACGCGCGUGACAAAGAAUGAUUCCCGUUGUUGUCGUGGAUUCGGCUAAUUCGAAGUAUUCGCUCGCGAGGACGAUCGAAAUUCGUCCAACUUUUAAAGGCUUUAAAAGCCGAGCACGUUCGUUUAUUAAUUUCUCAAUCGAGGAUUUCGAUGAAUAUGAAACAAGCGGGGGAAAUCAAUUUUAAAACGAUCAUGUCUUACCUUUUGUCUUUAGAUGGUAAUGAGAAUAAUUAUUGGGAAAGAAGAAAUGAUUUGUUUUAGUUGAAGUUUUUGAAGCUCGAAUAUAUGUCGUUUCCUGCAAUAUCUGAUUGAGACUAUAACUUUGAAUAUUGAAUUCUUAUUUGUUAAAAUUGUUAUUCGACUCAUUUUUUUCAUUGUAUACAUAAUGAAUAGACAGAGAACAGAAAUAUUCAAACUAUAAUAAGCAUUAUGACAUUUAAGGAAUAAGGGAAAUCUCUAUUUCAAUCGCAUCCAUAAAAGUUUUAUUUUAUAUAAAUAUUCGCAAGCUGUCAAUCAGAAUAUCAAAUUUUCUGGAACAUUUAUCAAAGUUGUUCCGAUUAUUCGCGGAUCACGGUUUGUCAAUAAAUCCCAAAAGUACCAUUUAAAAUUACCUUUCUCUCUCUUUCUCUCUCAUUUCACUCUUCAUUAAAAUUCACAACUUCGAAAAAGACACAACUUUGGGUAUUGCGCUAUUCCACGAAAAUUCCUAUCACGUGUGAAAUUCAAGCAUCCUUCUCCCGUGCCCAAUAAACAAGCCACCCUCUGGUUCAGCUCGUUUUCAAACUGGCACGCAAUCCGUGUUCAAGUGCACUUAAUCCGAAUCGCAUCGUGUGCCUCGGGACUCGAAUUGUCGAAUGUCAAUGUUAGUUACCCUUCUUCUCGAUCUAGAAAACAAAGAGAGAGGGGGAGAAGAGGGAGGAGGAGAGGGAGAGGGAGAGCAUUGUAUCCAUAGAGAGCGCAAAUUAGAAAACAAUUUCAUUAGCUGUCCAAUGGACAACGCGAGUGCCAUUGUUCGUGGCCUAUAGUUCGAUUGGUCGAUUGCUCGAAUGAAAUAGUAUCGAAGAAUGGUUGCAUUGUGGUGGCAUUGAGGGAAAAAGAGAGAAAGAAUAUAUCGUGAUCGAUUCGACUUGAAUGCAAAGUAAUUUCAGUGAGAGGAAUGAAAAGAAAAGAAUGGUGGUUACGUUGAGCCAUCAACUGAUUGCGACAGGGUGGCGCUCUCAUCUUACCAGAACAGCUUCAACUCGGUGCAAUUAAGUAAAUCUAUAGGAAAGAAAAUUAAAAGCAACGUCAUCCCGAACUAUUACUUGCGUUUUUUUUUGCCAAAGUUGUUUUCCGCUUGAAAAAGGAUUAAGGGCAAAAUUUAUCAAAGCGAAUUUUUUCCUCCAAUUAUGAUGCACAAUUUGGAACAAUUUUUACACGUCUAAAUUAUUUCCAUAAUUCUGUAAUAAUUUUACAGAUAAUAUGCGCUGUCAUCAAAACGAGCAUCAUUAUUUAUACCAUUUUACACUUUUUCUUUUACAAUUUAAUACAUUAAAAAGUCAAGAAUGGAUUAAAUGCUUGUAAUAUAUUAAAUGGAUAAUUUCGAAGACAUUAACGCGAAUAAUUUUAAAAUCAAUUCUCAUUUCACUUCCCUUAACAAAGAAGGGAAAAAAGGAACUACGAGAGAAAUGAAAAAUCUGAGCAGCGUGAGAAAGAGAAGCGGAGAGCAUCGGGUCGAAAUGUUUUCGAGUUAGCUGCGUCACUCGAAGCCUUAAUUUAAUAGUCAGCGGCCUGUUCUUUUCCAAACGAAGGGAAGGAGAGGGGAAAGUGGAUACUCUUCAGCGGCGAUCCACCACCGCCGCCCUUGGAUCUGCUUACAAAGCAAUCUCUCCAUCUGGGAAGGUCCAAAGGGAACGCCACCUAAUCUAAUCUCCGUUACGACGAUGCCGAGUCCAAAUCGAAGUUGGCAGAGCUUCCGGUAUCCGGUUUUCUCCCGAUCUCUAAAGGAGCCUUCACGAUGGGAGCCUGGGCAGUAACCAAUCUUUAUCUUGAUUAUGCAGCGCCAACGCCGGAGGAGCCAAUCUCUAGCCGAACAGGCUGCCAAAUAAGGUCGUAAAGAGGCCGAAUCUAUCGAUCACCGUUUCAAACUGCAAAUUCGGCGCGGCUGAUUUGCAAUGGAGAUUGAGAGAAGCCGAGAACGACGACGAUGCGCCCCAUUCACGAAUAAGUAGCUGAGAAAAGAAACUCGACUCUUGUAUCGGGCGUGGAGAGGAAAAACGAACCGUUGACUGAUUAUUCCUGAACACUUCGCGAGGUGGAAUCUUGACAAAUCAAAUGAACAGAUAAUGUAAAAGCACGGAUUCAAAUCGAUUCGUUGAAGCGAGAAGUCAUUCGUUAAUUGCUUCAUUGUCGAUUAAAUUGAGGUGAAUUUUAAAUUGUUAUUUAUCUACUCGCGACUUAAUACGUCGAAUUUUUAUUACGUUUAAAAAUUUUGAAUUGAAUGAUUUUUGAUUGAAUCUAUUUGUAUAUUUAUAUAUUCCUGAAUAUUUCAAACAUUUUUCUUUUUCGAAUAAUUGAGAGAAACAUUCAAAGCAUUUCUAUUAUUGAUAUAUUUGAUGAAAUUAUUUCAAAGGAUAUUUGAUAUUAAGAAAUUAAAGAAUAAUUGAAAAAUGGAAUAAUUUAGCGAUUUCCUUUAAAUGAAAUUUAUAAAUCGGUCGAAAAAUAUUAGUAUCAGUUUUUUUCUUUUUUCAUUUUAUCCAAUUUGCAUGCACCUUCGAAAACAAUUGGAAAAGAAAUAGCUUAUACGGAGGAUAAGUACACAUUACAAAAUUAUACAGCAGUGUGGAGUUUUCUUAACUUGGCGACGACCAACUCGCCAACUUCCAGCAACUUCGUAACCUAGAAAUUCUGGAACCGAAUAACACCGGCAAAAUCUCAUCCCUUUCUAACAAUAACUUUGUCGAUCGAUUGAGUAGAAUUCGCAAGAUUCCUUCGACUUUCAGAUAUAUAUCAAUUCUAAAGAUAUGUGCUACGUAGUAGCACGAAGCGAAUAUCUUAAAGAUUCAGUGUCGUCUGGAUGAAAUUUUACAAGGUCGUACCGUAAUAAAAUCGUCAGCAAAAUUUUAUAAUAAAUGGAAAUGGAAUAAAUGGAUUAAAUGGAGGAACAGUUGGAAGAACGAUCGAUGAUAUAUCAUGUAUAAAUCGCCAACGUCUGUGAAAUUCCAUAAAUUGGAUUUAUAAUUUUCAUGAAUUGGCAUGAUUCGAUUAACAACGAUAUUAGAAGAUUUUAUGUGGUGGCAGUAAUUAUAUGUUUGAUUGUAAUAAUGUGGGAGAAAUUAAUUUAAUUUUAUUUUGAUUUCUGCAAUUAGAUUUUGCAUUUAACCGUUCUUCACGCUAUAACUACUGCAAGAAACGAUUCAAAGUUGUUACAAAUUUCUUUAGAACAUAGCAAAUUAAAGCUUAAUUUUCAUAAUAUGUGUAAUGGACAUAUUCACUAUCCAAAAAUUCUUAUAGAAUAGUAUAUUAACAUCCAUGCUUUUUCAAGAUGAUUUAAAUGCACAGAGAUAGAGAUAUAAUGAAUUUAUGUAUACAUAGAAAAAGGAAAGCAUGUCCAACAAACAAAUUGUACAAGAUUUUAAUUUUUAAGUCUUCACAAAUUUUUCUACUAAAAUAACGUGAUAUCAAGAAUUGAAAAUUCUGAUUUUAUUUUCUAUAAACCUUAUGUAACUUUACUUUCACUUCAUACUACGUGCAACAAAAAGAUUUUACACGAAUUUAAAUAAAAAUCUUCAAAACAAGCAUAAUUCUAUAGAAAACAGAUCGAUCAUAUACCUUCUCAACGAAUAAAUCCAUCACCGACUUACUCCCAAUUCUUCGAAUUACACACGACAUUUAACGCCAUUUCCUUCUUCCAUCGUUCCCAACUUCUGCAUUUAAAUUAUACUCCUACUUUUAUUCUUCGAUUCUUUUCUCGAUCAUUUCCGUGAUGUUUGAUUGCAUCACUUCCAACCAUUUUUUCUAACCCCGAAAAACACUGGAUCGUUUCAUUACGAGUUCGAGAAAGUGUGAAAGGUACGCCCCGCGCGGCGGAAGCGUUGCGGUCGCAUGAAUGAAAGCGGAAUCGAAGGAAACGGUCGGAAACCCCUCGAAGGAGCGAUCGAACCGUGGAUAUUUAAGUGUGACGGUGGCUACGCGAUCAUCAGUCGAAGCUGGAUCUGGAGAUGCUGCGUUUCGCGCCAGUAAUUCUAUUAUUGUUUCAAACAUGCGUUGCUCGGGAAUUGGUCAGCAUUCGGGAUCGUCGAGACAUCCAGGAUGCCACCUCGAUGCCCAUCGCCUCGAACGUCGAGUCGAAGACUGACCUAGUGCCAGCUGCCUCCGGACACCAAGGUCAUCGUCACGAGUCCGGAGGGGGGCAGAGCCACCAUUCUGAUCACCACGAGGAACACGGCGAGGAGGGUGAGAAAGGGUACAAGAGCCAUCACCAUCACGACAAGAUCGACAAGGGUGAGCACGACAAACAUCAUCAUUCGGGUCAUCACGAGGAACACGGUGGCCAAAAGAAGGGGCACCACGAUGAGCACGAGAAGUACGGGGAACACCACGAAGGUGAGAAAGGGCACAAGGCUGGCAAGUUUGGGGAGAAGAAGGGGCACAAGAAAGGUCACAAGACGAAAGGGUAUCACAACAAGUUCCACAAGGACGAGUAUCACAAGGAGCACAAGUUUUACGAUGAUUAUCAUAAAGGGGGUCAUCAUAAGAAGCACGGUGACUUCCACGGGCAUCACGAGAAGAAGGAAGGGCAGCAUAAGAAAGGUGGUCAUCAUCAUUCCGGAUAUCACGAGGAUCAUCGUGGUAAAAAGGGUCAUCGUGACAAGGGACACAUCGAUGAGGAGCACAAAGGUCAUCAUGGGAAACAUGGACAUGAUGAGCAUUACAGUCAUCAUGAUUCUUAUGGAAAGAAAGGUGAUCAUCAUUCUGGGAAGAAAUAUGGAUACAAUAAAGGACACAAAGGUUGAAGAAGAAUCGAUUAAGAACGAUUUUGGAUUCUUUCAGAUUAUCGUCUUGUUUUCAGUUUAAGAAUAGACAUGUUGUACUCUAUUCUUGUGAAUCGACGAUUUAAAAAAAUUGCGAUUUGUUAAUUAACAGUUUUCAUACGAAAAAGGAAGUCAAUUUUAGAUAAAACGAAUUUUAUAUUAUAUUACAAUAUAAUAUAAAAUUAUUAUAUUGUAAAAUUUGAUAUUAAGUUAACUGUCUUCAAUGAUGAUUAUUAUUACUUUAUACAUAGCUUAUAUCUCCGUAAUACAAUGUGAAAUUACACGCUUAACGGAACGUUAUUUACGCCAUUCGUUAUUCAUGCUACACUCGUUUAAUACCUUAAAUAUUUCACAGCCGUCAGUCUUAAGUUUUUCCAAAGUGACGGCGAAAUAAUGUAUUGCGAUACGAUGUAUAUAUAUAUAUAUAUAUAUAUAUAUAUAUAUAUAUAUAUUGUAUUGUGUAAAUACAUUAUGUAAAUACGCGCACGGAUAUAGUGGCUGCACGCGCGAGAAAAAACAUCGAUAUGACGUGCCUCAUUGCUCUCUUUUUCACUUUAUCCACGGCGUGCUGCGAAUAAGUUUCUUCGUUGCACAUAUUUGUCUCAUAAUAUAGCCAUUAAUCAAAUCGAGAGGAUGUGCUCCUUCCUUUAAAAAUUUGAUCUUUCAUCGUAUGAUUCAAUCGAAUCGUACUUACACGAUGUAAUUCUACAAAAAUAUUACAAUGAUCAAAUUAUUAUUAUGACUAUUAUAAUAGUAAUCAAUUAUAUUUAUUGAAUAAACAUAAUAUAUUUUAAAUAUAAAA